CAAAGUUUAUAUCAUUUUCUCUAAUUAUAUAAUAAUAUUCUCAAUAAAUCAAUUAAUACGCAAAAUAUAUAUCUGCACAAAGUAACCUUAUUAUAUCUCCCAACCGCACAAACAAAAUUUCAGCUCCUCCAUAUCCAUCAAGAAAGAUCAAGAAUCAAGAACUAAUCAAUAUCGAUCGAUCCGUUAAAAAAAAAUGGAUAUGAUUCCCCAAUUGAUGGAAGGCUCUUCAGCUUACGGAGGUGUCACAAACCUCAACAUCAUCUCAAACAACUCCUCCUCCGUCACCGGAGCCACCGGAGGUGAAGCAACGCAACCACUGUCUUCCUCCUCCUCACCAUCGGCGAACUCAAGCCGUUACGAGAACCAGAAGAGGAGAGACUGGAACACGUUCGGACAGUACUUAAGGAACCAUCGGCCACCGCUUUCGCUUUCCCGAUGCAGUGGAGCUCACGUGCUCGAGUUCCUCCGUUACUUGGACCAGUUCGGUAAGACAAAAGUCCACACGAACAUUUGUCACUUCUAUGGCCAUCCUAAUCCUCCGGCACCGUGUCCGUGUCCUCUCCGACAAGCUUGGGGAAGUCUUGACGCUCUUAUCGGUCGUCUUCGAGCUGCCUUUGAGGAAAACGGAGGCAAGCCUGAGACGAAUCCUUUUGGAGCUCGUGCCGUUAGGCUUUAUCUAAGGGAAGUUAGAGAUAUGCAGAGUAAAGCUAGAGGUGUUAGCUACGAGAAGAAGAAGCGAAAGCGUCCUCUUCCUUCGUCGUCGACUUCUUCUUCCUCCGCCGUAGCUAGCCACCAGCAAUUUCAAAUGCUACCGGGUACUAGUUCUACUACUCAAUUAAAGUUUGAGAAGUAAGUAAUUAUAUAAUUAAGAGAAAUGGAGUAUUUUAUGUAAUCUGAAAUGUGAUUUGGUCUCUUUCUUAUAUGUUGAUUUUAAUUUUAGGUUAUGUGGUUCAGUUUUAGUUACUAGUGUAUGCUGGGGGGAGGAAGGUAGGGUUUUCAAUUUUAUUUAUAUCUAAUAAAAGAGAAAUUCACAUGUAUUAAUGUGUACAUAUUUAUAUAUAUGAGUAUCUAUGUAUCAUUACUAUCAUCAUCAUAGUUAUAUUGGUCUUCUUUUUUCUAAAACAGAGAGGUCUUAGGUUUACUUUAAAUCGAUUUAUGGAGUAUGAUGAUGAUACUAGAAGCUAAAAUAGUAUUAUUGAUUUUCUUCUUUUGAUGCAAAACAGUGGUCGUUUUCUAAAAGUGACAGUGAACUAACAGUGGUCUUAUAGUAGUUGACAGUGAUUGCACUAACUAUUUUAAAUUCAUGAAAAAUUUCAAUGCUCCAAAGUCCAAAUUCCCCAAAGAUUUACUGCAUUCGUUCCCACUCACCAAUAUUCACAUGCAUACGUGGCAUGCUUCAGUAAAUAUGCUGUCGUAUGUUUUUUCAUCUCUAAAAUCAUUUCUUUUUCAUGUUAAAGUAGGUUUCAUAGGUUUACUUGUGAGUUGUGAGUGAUAUGUUCUCUUACAGCAUAAUUGUAGGGAAAAAAAAACAGUUCCGUAAAUUCUCCACUUUAUGUUUCUUAGUACUUACUUUUUUACUCAAGAAGAACAAUGUGCGUGUCUCGGCUUUUGCAUAAACCCUAGAUUUUGUAGAUCUGAUGAUUCAUGAUUGAUGUUGUAUUUUAAUUAUGGUAAUUCCAUGUUAAAUAGAUUGUGUGCCACUAAGUAUGUCAUUUCAAUACAAUUAUAGCGACACUAAGUAUGUCAUUUAAAUACAAUUAUAGCGACGAGAUAUUUAACUCAUUUGUAG